GAAACUUAAGUUUCAUUUUGUUUUACUUUAAGAUUUGAGGUUUUAUCCUAGCAAGUCUGACAUGCCAACCAAACUAGCUACCUGAAAGGGAUGGGUUUUGUAAAUGCUCAUAAAGGGCAUUCAUUUUUCUAAUGCUUUAAGGUAUGCUUUUUCUUAGCUAAUAAAAUUUUAAUAUUGCUUUUUGUUGUAUUUUGAUGACUUCAGGGAUACUUUAAAAGUCACUGAAUUGAUAAUAUUCCCUAAGAGUUUUAUGAGAGGCCUGUGGCUUAAAGGUGUUAAUUUAGAAUAUAAUUUUGAAACUUUUAUUGAAAAGUUAAUUUGUUAGCCUGCAGGACCAUGUAAGAGGCAGUGCUCUGACCAAUUGGUAUGAAUGAUGUCUAUGACUAAGUUGGCCUGGAAGCUGAUGAUAGGUUUGACUUAGCAGCUUGAGUAUACUGAAGAGUAUAACGGGAAGCUCUGUGACAGCGUCUCCUCAUAGUCACAGCAUGGUUGGGUACAUGAGAAAUACAGAUUUUGUCAUCACACUCAGGUGGCACUUUGAACAGUAAAUAAUCACAGGAAUUAUUUUUAAAAAAUGAUUCUGUAAGCUUCUUUAGCAUGGUUAAUUUGUUUUACAUGCUUCCAGCUAGAUGCUUCUAAAUUGUGUGCAGCCAGCUUUAAUCUAAUAGAUAACUUUCUUAAAAGCAAAAUUCAUGGGGGCUGGAGAGAUGGCUCAUCAGUUAAGAGCACUGACUGCUCUUGUAGAGGACUUGGGCUCAACUCCAGCACCACAUGGCAGCUCACAGACCAUCUGGAACUCAAGUUCCACGAGAUCUAACACCCUCUUCUGGCCUCUUUGGGUACCAGACUAACACAUUGCGUAUAGUCAUACAUGUAGGCAAAUACUAUACAUAACAUAAUAACUUUAAAAAUUCAUGUUAUUGAAUUGCUAUUUUAAUUAGAUUUAAAAAGUAUAUUGUGCGCAACAUAUCUCGAGAUAUUAUUACUGCAUAAGACAUGGUAUCGGGGCCUUCAGUUUCUUCCUGUACUUACUGUUGACCGAAUUCAUACAGUGGCACUCGUUUAUUUUUAAGAAAAGGCACCUGAGAGUAAGAAUGUACUCCAAGCUUGUAACAUGUUAGAUGGAUUUUAAAAUGUGUGGAAAAUGCAUGGUCACUUGCCUGUUACAUUCUGGAGAUGUAAAAGAAAAAGAAAAUGUGUUCUUGAUUACUUCUUAAUGACUUAAAGAUUAGAGUUUUCCAUUAAAUUCAUCUACUGACCUAAAAUGUUUUUUUUUUCUUUUGCAUAUAUUGACAAUCUACUGGAUACAGGGUUGUGGCGUGGUUGAAUUCAAAGAUGAAGAAUUUGUAAAGAAAGCAUUAGAAACUAUGAACAAAUAUGACCUUAGUGGAAGACCUCUGAAUAUUAAAGAGGAUCCCGAUGGAGAAAAUGCUCGCCGUGCACUGCAGCGAACAGGAACAUCAUUUCAAGGAUCACAUGCCUCUGAUGUAGGAUCUGGGCUGGUGAAUUUACCACCUUCCAUUGUGAAUAAUCCAAACAUUCCUCCUGAGGUUAUCAACAACUUGCAGGCUGGUAGACUUGGUUCCACAAUUUUUGUUGCUAAUCUUGACUUCAAAGUUGGUUGGAAAAAACUAAAGGAAGUGUUCAGCAUAGCUGGAACUGUGAAGCGAGCUGAUAUUAAAGAAGACAAGGACGGCAAGAGCAGAGGCAUGGGCACGGUCACUUUUGAGCAGGCAAUCGAAGCAGUCCAAGCAAUUUCCAUGUUCAAUGGGCAGUUUUUAUUUGAUAGACCUAUGCAUGUGAAAAUGGAUGACAAAUCUGUCCCUCAUGAAGACUACCGUUCACAUGAUAGUAAGACAUCACAAUUACCACGUGGUCUUGGAGGCAUUGGAAUGGGACUGGGUCCAGGUGGACAGCCAAUUAGUGCCAGCCAGCUGAACAUAACUGGUGUAAUGGGAAAUUUAGGUCCAAGUGGUAUGGGAAUGGAUGGUCCGGGUUUUGGAGGAGUGAAUAGAAUUGGAGGAGGCGUUGGGUUUGGUGGUCUGGAAGCAAUGAAUAGCAUGGCAGGCUUUGGUGGAGUUGGCCGAAUGGGAGGUGGCAGCAUGAGCGGCAUGAGCACCGUGACGGGAGGCAUGGGAAUGGGCCUGGACCGCAUGAGCUCCAGCUUCGACAGGAUGGGGCCAGGCAUCGGAGCCAUACUGGAAAGGAGCAUUGACGUGGACCGAGGGUUUUUAUCGGGUCCCAUGGGAAGUGGAAUGAGAGACAGAUUAGGCUCCAAGGGCAACCAGAUAUUUGUUAGAAAUCUUCCUUUUGACUUGACUUGGCAGAAAUUAAAAGAGAAAUUCAGCCAAUGUGGUCAUGUAAUGUUUGCAGAAAUAAAGAUGGAGAAUGGCAAGUCAAAAGGCUGUGGGACAGUCAGGUUUGAAUCCCCAGAGUCAGCUGAAAAGGCCUGCAGAAUAAUGAACGGCAUCAAGAUCAGUGGCAGGGAAAUCGAUGUGCGCUUGGACCGUAAUGCAUAAUUUCAAGCAUGGUUGGAACAUUCCCUCAUCUGUUUAUUGACUCCUAGUAAAAGUCAUUUUUUAGUAAUGUUGUAUGCUUACAAAUGCUGUAAAAAAUGAACUUUUAAAACUCCCACCAGCUUUUAACAGUAUAAUGUUGAAAAACAUACUGUGAUUUUCGUUCUCUCAAGUUUGAGUUUCUAGAAACAGCACGUCUGAUCAUUCAGUUUCAAUGGAUGGACAUACCAUUUGUAAUGAAAUAAGCCAUUUUGUUAUUUUCAGUAGUAGAGUUUGUUUGUUCUAGUUUCUCCAACAUUAUUUUAAGUUAACAGAUACUUUUUUUUUUCUUUUAAAAUCUCUGCUUUGUAUUUAAUUGUUAAAGAAAGGGCUCAGACAAAUUAGGGUGUGAUUUUGGUUUGGUUUAAAUUACUUUUCUCUGCUUAUAAAGGAUAGUAAUUAAGUGUUACACUCUAAAGUUGAAGAUUUUUUUUUUAAUUUGACCUAAAUGAAGACAUGAAUUUUUUUGCCCCUCUAUCAUUCCAGUUGUUCCACAUAACAUUAUUAAAAAUAUCAAAUUCCACAGCCCCUUACUCUGUUAUUUCCAAUGAUUCCAAGUUCAUAUAGUACUGAUAAAGUAGCAAGUCCUAAGUAUGACACUAGGCAGACCACCCCCAACUUUCGGUCUAGUUUCCAGCCGUUAAAAUGAACCGCUAAGAACAGAAGAAAGAUUGAAAUGUUGAGAGAGAUGGUUAUAUAAGUGAGUCCCUUGCUGUUCACUUCUAUAGGAGCAGAUGCAUUCGUAAAUGCAGUCUUAAUAAACCAGGGAAGACCAAGGCAUAGCAUAUCAAACACAUUGGAUCCCACGAUGUUAGAUAUAGCCAUGUCUCCUUUACCUGCAGAAGAAUAGCAUGUUGUUAAAAUGUGCACAUCAACACUAUAUUUUAUUAAUAAUCUUCAUAAGAAAAACACUGGAUACUUUUGUUGGUUAGUUUUAGAAAACUGUUGUUAGAGCAAGAGUCUUAUUGAAUUUGUAUUUCCUUGGGUUAGUAUUUUAAAGUCUUAACAUUUAUUUAAUAAUUGUCUUUAUUUAUUAAACCAUUUUUAAUAAGGUA